UUACUGGAAGCAGUGAGGGAGGUCCCCCCAGUCUCCAGCUAGAAGAAUCCAGGACAUCUGAGAGAUGGAGAAAAGAGAACUAAAGGUUUCUGUGCCAAAAUUUGACAAGAUCCCUUGGCUUAGUGAGGCCAGCCGCAGCAACAAGCCACUGGUGCUCAGCCUUCCCAAAAGAUCUCCUCACGCCUCUGCAUUUCUGGUUUCAUCUAAGAAGGAUACGCAUUUGCCUAUUUUGUUUCAAGUUCCAGAUGUCUUAUCUAAGAGGACGAAGCUACUUGUGGACCAGUCCACUGAGGGUCUUAGGAGCGCACCCCAGGCCAGGAGGGACAAGAGUAACCCCAUGCUGAUCAGAAGCAAGCAGCUAUGCUCCACAUGUCAAGAAAUAAAAAUGGUACAACCAAGAACUUUGAUAAUCCCUCAUAAUCUGAAGCUAUCCUUUGAGAAUUUAAUGAGUCAUAGAAUGAUGAGUCUUCCUCCACCAAAAGCCAAGACUGAAUCCAAACAUUCCUGUAAUGACAUCUCAACAGAGUCCAUCCAAGGGCAGCAGUCUUGGAGGAGGACUUCAGGGAGAGUGCUUACGGAGCUGGCUAUGAGCUAAAGCCUGGUGGACCUACUGUGACAUCUCUAAGCUUCACUUCGGUUAUUCUAACCUUCCCCGAGGUGUUUGUAAAAGCACCAGCCUAGAAGCAACGAGGCCUGGCUUCAGCGCCUCGGCUUGCUGUACAGGACUGGCCAAAUUGUUUAAACGGUCUGGGCCUCCGUGUUCCCACCUGUAAAACCGGAGAAGCGUUCUGCCUGCCCACUACCUUGCCCCCGCGCCUGAGAGUCAGACACUCAGUACAAGCAGCCUUCACCUUUGAUCAGUCCAGAACAACUGCUGACAGGGCUCUGGCCCCAGCGGUUUAUAAAGCUGAGACGCGUCCCUGCCAAAGCACUUGCUGCUUGCUGCCGAAGCUGCCGCCCGCCUGUGUGACACCGCCUGUGGAAACGCUCCAAGUGCCAGAAGGCUGACUCAUCCCUGUGAACGUUCCUGCCGGUCACUGCCUAACUCUUCUCAUCGAUGACAACCGCGACUUCUAGUAUUUUUCUGGAGUCAGCUAACCUUUAUAUGUUAUCAGUAAUUAUCAGUAAGAACCAAGUAAACGGAAAGAGCCUAUCUCUGUAAGUGAUGGGGAUUUCUUCUAGUUCACUUACAUUGACUCUGGCGUUUCAUGACACAGGCUCUUGUUGUCGGUAAACAUCGGUAGAGAUGCAAACCCCCUGAGUUGGCCGACCACCUGGCACAGUGAGGGGACACUGAGCUAGGAUUAAAAAGAGCUGGAUUCUGGUCCUCAGUCCAUCAGUGCCUGUGACCCUGGACCUCUGUUUCCUCAUUCCAGUGACGAGACUGAACCGGAUCCUAGGUCUGUGGUCUUGUGACAUCUCUUAGCUCUCACUCAGCUGGAGCGAGGAGCUUUCCAGAGAAUUCAGGACUCCCAAGUCCCUUACAUUCAGUGACUUCCAAUAGAAAGAUGUUAUUUCAUGCACUAAUUUACUUUCCUUCAAGCAAUGUGUCUUUUGGAAAAGUUGAAGAUUAACCAACUUUUUUGUAACUAGAAUCACGUUUGAAGAAGAGGUCAGGAUGAUGAGGAAUUUAAGGAACCCUAAAUUAAAUCAUUUCAUAAAAUGAAGGUUCGUUUUGACAUGCAAGUACUAUUGCAACUUUUUGUAAGAUCAUGUGAGUCUGUUUGUUUGAAGACAGAACCAUAUAAGUGUCCCUGAAAAGUCUUCUAAGCAUCGAAUCCUCUUUUUCCUGUGACUCACAUUACAACUGCAGACACAUUUUAUAUUCACUUUUUAUUUAAUUGGCCACAACUUUUAAUACUUGAAUUUUGCUUCCAGGUACUCUUUUCUGACCUCCUUGACAAGAUUUGUAGAAGCUUAAAGAUGGUUCUCCUAAAAGGAAUUCUUAUGUGAACUUUGAAUCUGUUUUAUAAGGUUGAACAAAAGCCUUUGGUGACUUUUAGAUACUUUGAAUUUCUUUAAAAAUAGAUUCUAAGAAGCCCUUGCUUUUCCUUCUUGCCCCAUCCCCCAGAGAGCAUUCACUACAGACUGCCCAUUCUGGGCCCCAGGACAGCUGUCUUCCACGGACUGUUGGCAGAUACCUACAAAUCUCUGCAGGAGACACAGCUCUCUUCCUUGCCCGGAAAGGA